CUCAAUGAAAAGAGAAAAAAAAAAAAAACCAAGAGGAUAAUUUUCAUUGGGGGGCGUCUCAAACAAAAAAUUAUUGGGUGUGAAGCAUGUAGUGUAGCUCCUCCAACGUCAAAUUUGAGGACAGUGUCGUAUCGAGUCACCACCAGUGAAGGAAUAAUGAGCGUCAUUAAUUUACGAUUUUGCCACUGUUCCCAACUCCUCCUCCUCUCACCAAACCCGAAGCUCUCUUCUUCCUCGCAAACUGCAAAGUUAACUCUGAGAAAGAAAAACCCAACGACCCCUUUUGCCAUUUCCUGCAAAACCCGUUUCUCUUCUUCAAUUCGCGCGUCCAUGGCUUCACCCUCCAUCACAGACGCCGAAACAAAGCCGUUUUCUGUUCUCUUCGUGUGCCUCGGCAACAUCUGCAGAAGCCCCGCUGCUGAAGGAGUCUUCACUGACUUAGUCAACAAAAGGGACCUCAAUUCGAAGUUCAAAAUCGACUCUGCUGGCACCAUCAAUUACCACGAGGGAAAUGAAGCGGAUUCGAGAAUGAGGGCAGCUUCAAAAAGGCGUGGGAUUCAGAUAACUUCUAUUUCGAGGCCAAUCAAGCCCUCUGAUUUCGUUGACUUUGACCUCAUUCUUGCUAUGGACAAACAGAACAGAGAGGACAUAUUUGAGGCCUUUAAUAGAUGGAAAGAUAGACAUUCUUUACCGGAUGGCGCACAUAAAAAGGUUAAGUUGAUGUGCUCGUACUGUAAGAAGCAUGAUGAAAGUGAAGUUCCGGAUCCUUAUUAUGGUGGACCACAAGGGUUUGAGAAGGUGUUGGAUUUGCUUGAAGAUGCUUGCGGAUCAUUACUGGAAACCAUUUUGGCAGAAAACAAACAUGUACAACAAUCCUGAUACCUUUAUUAAUGGCCAGAAGAUCCAAUCAUUGGUUUUCAUAGAUGUCAAAGUACCUUCUUGUUUCAGUGGUUCACUACCCUGAACCACCCACGAUUUAUAUAUAUGGAAUUUCGAAACUUCUUGCCAUACUUAUCUAACAAUUGGAAUCAUAAGUUCGAAUAACGGAUAUUCUUAGUUACAUACAACCGCUGCAUCGAACCCUCCAAUUCAGAUUAACUUAGUUGGCAGCGUUUAUCUGGCUUAUCUCUC